CAGGCCUAGGCGAAACCACUUUUCAAAUAACUACUUUAAUCCUGUGCCCCAUCAUGAAGACCUUCGUCAUGUGUGAGACGAAGUUCCCCGCUAUUGUAUUGGUGAGUCUGAUACAAGUGGGAGCAGUUCUGAGCCAGGAUCUGAGCUGUAACAAGACUGGACCGUGUUCGUGUGUGAUGAGUGACGGGUCAGGGGAGGUCAACCUGCGGCCAUUGGCGACAGGCAACCCGACAUUCAAAGACUUUCCAGCCAUUACAUACCCAGACGAGUACCUGUACUCGUGGAACCCGUGUGAACCGUUUAGUCAAGGGUCGACUUGUGAGGAUGUUGCGGUGUGUCAAAAGACCAAGAACGGUAGUAAUGAAUAUGACCUCGGACAUCAGAGCUCUGUACAGUUCCAGGCAGGCAGGGCAGAUGACACCGGAGAGGCCGUUGUUCUGGUCAUGUACGUCACUGAAGACCAGCUCAGAGUGACACUGGUUCAACUACAGUGUACUACAGGAGAUACCAACUUCACAGUUGUGGGGGCCAUCCCAGCAAAUACCAUUAUCUACCAUUUCAUAUUAGGGAGUCCAUGCGCAUGCCCCGGAGCAGGGCCAAAUUGUGCCGAAAGUGGUCUGAGCAUCGGGAGUUUGAUCUGUAUAUCGGUUCUGGCAGCCGUCACUGUCUACUUGACGUUUGGCUCCAUCCUCAAAGUGGCGGUGAAAAAGAAAACAGGCUGGGAGGCCAUUCCUAAUGAUGACUUCUGGAAAAACCUGCUAGGCUGUAUCAAGGAAGGGUGCAUCUACACAACAUCCUCUUGUCGUCGCUUGGUAAAAGGCAACACGGAUUACAGUACAAUAUAGCAACAACAGCUUAAUUUAGGUCACAUCUCUGUAUUGAAUCUUGUAUUAGAAUAAUCAAAUGCAGUAAAGGGAAGUUCUUUACAUG